AUGAUCUUAUCAAUCGCAGAAAAAUAUUGGAAAAUUAUAAUUAUUUUAUCAAAUCUUAUAUUUAUUGUAUACAGUAUUGUGCUUAUUUCAUUAGGUAUAGAUAAAUUGAAUUUUUUAAAGAGAUUUACCAUUAUAUUACAUAAUGCUAUACCAAUUAUAAUUCCAAUGAUUAUCUCCAGUGGAUUAUUAUGUCUAAUCACUGUAUUGAUUGGUUUAAUUGGUUUAAUAAAACAAAAACAAUGUAUUGCAUUGAUUCAUAUUGGUGGUUUAGUGAUUAGUGCAAUUAUUGAAUUUAGCACAGCAACAAUGUCAGCUGUUUCUAAGGAUCAGUUUCUUAUGAAAGUAAAUUCUUCUUUACAUGAAUCUAUAAUACACUAUAAUAUGGAUUUUGAUAUUAAAAAUGAAUUUAAUAAUUUACAAAUAACUCUUGGAUGUUGUGGUGCUUCCUAUUUUCGUGAUUAUUUGAAAAUACAUUCUGAACCACCAUCUUCUUGUAAACCUACAUCAUAUGGAUUUGGUUGUGUUACAGCCAUCAGUCGAUAUAUGCAACAAUAUAUUAUAAUGUUAAUGUAUCUAUGCUUUAUUUUUGCAAUUUUAAAAGGGAUAUAUGUAACUAUAUCAAUUUUAUUAUUUCGUAAAACAGUUAGCAAGGAAAAUUCAUCUGCGUAAACUUAACAUUAACAGCACACACACACACACACAAACACAAAAGGACAACAACAUUAUAAAUUACAAAACUACAAUAGAAUAUCAUUGAUCUAAAUGACAUUGUUGAUGAGGAUUGAAUUGUUAUGUCAAAUUUAUACAUGAA